GUGCUGCAAAGCGCUCGGGUACAGUUUGGGAAAUGGCCUGACGCACACGGAAAGCGAAGAAUCGCAAAUAAAAUAAUAAAGGUGCGAAAAUGAUGGACGAACAGUUAAUUGAUGAAGUGGCCCAUCACGGGGUAAUAUACAACAGGCAGAAGUACUACCUAAACGGCAGCACCAACGGUGGAAAGUAUGAGACCAAGGAUGACGCUUGGCAGCUGAUUGCCAUAAAGCUGCGAACGGAUGUGGACACGUGCAAGAAGCGCUGGAAGUAUCUACGAGAGCGUUACGUAUCGCAGCGAAAGCAGGGCGAUACUCCAGUCUACGAGCACCUGUCUCGACCCUACCUGGAAAAGAUGAAGUUCCUGGACCAACACAUUCAGCCACGGAAAUCCUAUCGCAAUGUUCCGAGCUUCCUGACAUCUCCACAGUCGGCGAACAGCUCCAGCUACAAUGAAUACAUGGUGGAUAGAUCAAACAGUUCCACCAAAAACAUGUCCCAGUUCAACAGCUCGGGUCAAAACCAUAACUACCAUCAGCCUGAUCAGCAACACGCCAUGAAUGCACUGAGCACCGUUGCCUCCUCAGCACUGGAAAGCGUUAAUCCGGUGAAGAUCGAGGCUGAUCAGGCAUUCAGAGAGUUUGCUGCGGCUGUGGCUUCCCAGCAGCUCCAGCAAAUAUCCCAGUCGCAGAUGGAGCAGCAGGCGGCUGCCGUGGCCGCUGUCAUGGCCGACUCCUCGCAGGGCUACCAGGAGCAGUUUCGAGACAGUUCAGUGGCAAUACCUGGCCCCCAAAACGGUGGAGGUAGCCUUCCCUCAACGUCUUCUUCGAUGAAAUCGCCGCUGUCCUCGCCGUUGCAGGGUGUUGGUACUGGCGCCCAGCAGCAGCAGCAGCAAUCUCAGCAACAGUCGCCGGCAUCUGCACAGCAGCUUCCGGUUGUACAUUCCUCAUCUAGUGCUGCGGGCAGCUCCAACAUGCAGAUGCACGGCCAUGUCUACAAUCCCAAGGGAAAUGACGAUUUGGACUCGUCAACAUCCAGCAACUUCCACUUAAAGAAACCCCGCGUGCAGCUCAACGGCAGUGCUCACAGCCAAAUGUCUAGCAAUGGCGGAAAUGGCCCCCACUUUAUCAUUGACUCCGAUGAGGAUUCCGAUGACAACAGUCAUGACCUGAUGGAGCCCCAGACCAUGAUGCAUCACGGCAACCAUUACAGCAACUCUAUGUGCAUGCAACGCACCAAUGGGCAUGGCAACGGCAAUGCAAAUGGCAAUGGGAAUCAGAGUAAUUCCAACACUGGACACAACAGCAACAAUGGCCAACAGCAGCAGCAGCAGCAACAACAUCAACAGCACCAGAACAUGUUUCCAUCGAAUACGGACUUUCUGUUGCAGCUUUAUCAACAGUUGCCCCAUCAGGGCAACUCAUCACAUCCCUCGAACUUUGGCAAGUUUCAGGCCCCACAAAGUCUUCCGGGCGUGCAGCGACUGUCAGAGCACCUUCUGGGCGAGCUGGUCACAACCGAGCUGCUUAAGAUGAACAAGGAGCGCAAGAAGAGUGCUCAGAAGAGAAUCCUGGAGAUACUAUUCUUCGACGAUUAGUCAGACCAGCCGCAUAUCUGUAUUUGUAAAUAGUCUAAUCUAUAAUUUAUAUUAUCAGGUAAGAGUGUUGGAGCUCAUAAUAUUGUUAUGGGCUGGUCUGCAUCCCACCAAGAAGGCAUUUGCAAAGCUGUCCACUCGAACACUUUGCAUCUGUACUAGUCAUGACCAGCUCCAGGAGGCCCCAUGUCCUUCCCAUGGGUAUUAUAUAGGAUCUAUCCCGUAUCUGCAUUAAUUUAUGUUCGUAUAUCUAAGUAUAA